UGUGAUCAGAACAAUCCAUCGAGUGCUUGUUCCCUUUCAGCCAGCCAAUUCAUGUGCUCGAGCGCGUUAUGUUGGUCUUAGCAUCGCCAGAGUUGUCACCUUUCUAUUAUUUCUUUCGAAUCUUAUCGUUGAGGGAUCUUGGAAACCCGCACGGGUCACGCUAAAUUGGGGAAAAAAAAGGAAAAUAAUAAAAAAUCUCCCAGCUUCUUCUUCUCCCAGAGUCCAUCCCCAACUCUCUUUUCCCCCUUUUCUCUCUCUCCCCGAUCCUUUGCAGGCUGAUUCUUCUUAUCGGAGCUGUCUUUGAAGGACAUUUGAGCACACUAUGUCCGACAUGAAGGCUGCUGAAGCCAGUGAGCAGUUAUCUACAGACAAUAAUGUCAAAGAGAAGGUUGAUGGGGAUGCUUCUGACGAGGGCCCUGUAAUCUUGGACCAAACUGAAGAGAAUGCCAUGCCAUCAUCCCAAGAGGAGGAGGAAGUAAUAAAGAAGAAAUAUGGAGGAAUGUUACUGAAAAAACCACCACUCAUAUCGAAGGACCAUGAACGUGCUUACUUUGAUUCUGCUGACUGGGCUUUAGGAAAGCAAGGAGGGCAACCUCACAAGCCCAAAGGACCCCUUGAGGCACUUCGGCCUAAAUUGCAGAACAAUUUUUUGAUGACUGGUUCUUUCAUUUCUAUUAGCCUACACGUCAACAACAAGUUCGUUCCCGCCGCUCAGUUUAUGCAUCUAGUGAUAAUGAAGAUGGUGGUAAUGCUGCUUCUGAGGAUGUGAACAACAAUAACAUGACCAACACUGAGAACAGCAGCAACCCAUAAUUGGAUGUUCUAGAGUGCUACUAUUGGCUAGCUUUCUAUUUUACUAGCUUUAUUCUUCUCUUACAAAUUGCAAUGAGUCCAUUUGUAGCUUCCACGAAUAAAUGGUGGUGAUGAUGAUAAUGUUAGCUUAUUUGAUACAAGAACUUAAUGCUCUAGUGUUGAUGGCAGCCAAGACCUGUGUUACUAGACUUGCAGCAUGUGAGGCUUUUUAGGCUUGGAAUGUAUCAUUUGAUAUAAUAAAUUCUAUAGAUGGCAUGGCAUUAAAAGUGCAUCCUACAAA